AUGCAUAUUCUAAUGCACCAUACAACUCCAGGGGGUGUAUCAAGAGCCGGUGUCUUCUCGACGUUAUCCAAUCGUAUGAUCGAUAUCUUUGGUCCUUCAAACUAUGGGCUCGCUGACCUCUACUACGAUGCAACCCUGAUCCGUGUCCCUUAUCGCAAGGGUGUUGUUUGGAAGUGGUACACGUACUGGGGCUCUUUGGUCCUGAAAGGGAGCAAUUGGGCGCGUUGCUGUUUUCCAUGGCCUCGUCAAGUCGCCGCAGGCUUAAUCUACCGCCCCGGUGGAUAUGUCGAUACCGGACCCAGUUACCCCCUUGUGCAUCUUGGCUUUUGGGCCUUGUGGGCGUCACCAGAGGGCUUUGCGGGCUAUGACCAUUAUGGUCACCUGUGGAAAGAAAAAGAAGUGAACGAUUCACAAGAAUCUCAGACCCCAAGAGAACCUGUUCGUGAGGGCGUCCUACAAAGCGUCCUGCAAAGACUCCAAGAAUCAGAUGAAAACCAAAGGACAGAGAUUCUUGUAGUGGGGCAUUCCCUCGGAGGUGCCGUGUCAUGCUUUGCUGCGCUGGAUAUUGUUGCAGAACUGAGAGGCAAUGACAAGUUCCAGAACGUGAAAGUCUUUCAUGCCACCUUUGGCGCACCCCCCGUCGGGACAAACCGUUUCGCCAAAUUCUUUGAAGAGGAAAUGAAGGGCCAUAAGUCAUAUGCGGUAUUCCAUGAGAGAGACAUAGUCGCCAAAUGUUUUGCAUGGUGUGGCUCGAUACCGGUGGUAAAGUACCUAGGCUGGUGGAGUGAUUGGAGCCGCGCGGGAAAAGAAGAGAUUCUUCGAAAACCAGACACUCAAGCAUCGCAUGCCUCGCAACGCGAGAAUGGACUUUCGUUGAAAGAUGGGGCGAAAUCGCUUGGGAUAUUGGUUGGCACCUUGCUUUUUCUCGGAGUCAGCUCGCUCACGACGCCGCUUUCGAUACUCAUAACCCCAGUCUGCUGGUUGGUGGACUGGAAAUAUUACAGUAAACAGAAAAAUCCACCUUCACGUUGGGAGGAUACCAGAAGCGAGGACAAUGGAAAUAUCCAAGCGUUGGGCGAGGACCCAAAUCUGAAUCAGGUGGCGUUGAAAUACCACUCCCGGGAGAAAUAUAUUAAGCUCCUGGAGGACCCUGAUCCGUUUGGAGUUCCGGAACACGAAACACCCUCCGCAGUGGAAUAG